CUUUUCUCGCUGCUAGCGAGCUGCCAGAUUCCGGCUAGAGGGAGGGGUUGGCUGACAAAACCUGGAUCAUGUUACAUUUGCUGCAGUCCAUACACCCACUUGCUCGGAACGAAAAGGCUUGUUUUCUCUUAGCCCCUACCUGCCAAUGCUUAAUUCUGUCAUCGGGAGUGCAUUGAUCACAUUGUGCCUUUGCUGCAUACGCCACAGCUUACCCAGCUCAGGGACAUGCCGAACCGGAUUACCUAGAACGAUCGACGCUGCGCCUCCUCAGCUAAGGACUUCGUCCAAUGUUAUCUCGUCUCGAUAUUCCCUCACUCGUGCCCUGCAUAUUGAGUCAACCCUGCACGAGGAACCAAGACACUUCCAAGACUUGCAGCAGACUCCCCACGAUCCCUCAGCGUCAUAGCUCCAGGAUUACUGGGUUAAGCGUAAACAGCUUGCUUAUUGCUAUCGAGGCAGUGCAGAUGGUUACCUGCAGCUGUAUACGCUCAUGCUUCAGAAAAGGCCAAUCGUAAACGCAUUGGAGAUCAAGUUGGUGAUCUCAGCCACCGUAUUGGGACACUCCGUAGGGCCAGUCUAACAUCAUGACACCGAGGAGGGCGCACGCUAAACAGCCUCCACAUUCUUCUCGUUUAUCGACACCGGCUUUUAGGGUUUCUACGCCUCUUGAUUCAGGUUCUGUGGAGAAAAGGGAUCGAGAAAAGAGAAAAGUUACUAGUCCUGCUUUGAUGGAGGAGCUGAGCUAUGAUCUGAGGAUUGUACUUUUAUUAUGGAGGCUCUUAUACGAAAUACAUCAGCCAACCAUUAUGAGUCGCUUAAAGUGAACAGUCCAG